GCGCGGGCAUGGCGGCGCGGCGCGGGGCGCUGAUCGCGCUGGAGGGCGUGGACCGGGCCGGCAAGAGCACCCAGGGCCGGCGGCUCGUGCAGGCCCUCAGGGACGCCGGGCACCGCGCCGACCUCCUCCGCUUCCCGGACAGAACCACAGAGAUUGGGCAGCUGAUCAACUCCUACCUGGGCAGGGAGAAGAACCUGGAGGACCACACCAUUCACCUGCUCUUCUCUGCCAACCGCUGGGAGCACGUACCCAUGAUGAAAGAGAAGCUACACCAAGGGAUCACGGUGGUGGUUGACAGAUACGCCUUCUCUGGAGUGGCCUUCACAAGUGCCAAAGGGAACUUCGGCCUGGAGUGGUGCAAACAGCCUGAUGUUGGACUCCCAAAGCCAGACCUGAUCCUGUUCCUCCAGUUAAACCCAGAAGCAGCAGCAGAACGAGGUGACUUUGGACACGAACGUUAUGAGAACAGCUCCUUCCAAGAGAAAGUUCUUCAGUCCUUCUAUUGCCUAAUGGAGGACAAGAGCCUAAACUGGAAGACAGUGGAUGCUUCAAAGAGCAUUGAAGACUUGCACAGAGAAAUCAAGUCCAUUGCAAAGGAAACUAUGGAGGAGGUUCAGAAUAAACCUUUGGGAGAACUCUGGAAAUGAAACUUCAUACAGGUCAAAAAAAAA